CAGGUUAACGUUACGUGGUUUGAUUCAAAUCCUAUUCGUUCCAAUCCGGAAAUCGGUUUACCGGAAUUCGUUAUUACCGCUGUCGCCAAAGGUUACUGUAACGGAACAUAUCGCUACGCAUUGAUGCCAAAUUCAUAUAAACUUGAUAAUUUUAGUUGUUUGGAAGGGAAUUUGUACUUAUCACGUUCAAUUGGUUACAAUCUUGUUCAGUCAUAUAUUCCGACUGGAUUAAUUGUGAUGAUCUCAUGGGUUUCGUUUUGGAUCGAUCGACGAGCUGUACCUGCAAGGGUCACACUGAGCUUUACAACAUUGGUGUCAUUGACUACAUUAGGUAAUGGUCUCCGUUUUGGAUUGCCUCAAGUCAGCUACGUGAAAGCGAUUGAUCUCUGGUAUGGAGCGUGUAUGCUUUUUGUUUUCUCUGCGUUACUGGAAUUUGCUAUUAUCAACAGUUAUAUGCGGAAAUCCGAGAAAUUCGACUCUAUGGGGAAACGAAUUUAUUCGAGUGUACAUAGUGGAAGAAGUGAGUGCCACCUACUCAAACUAGUUAUCAUCGAGCCUCCAAAAAAUCCCUGGGAAAAUCUGGAUCAGUGCAAAAUUUUCGUCUUUUUAUUACUGAAAUCUUUUCAGAUGUCCCAAGAUUAUUCGAGACAAGCGCUGCGGAUAGACAAACAAUGCCGAUACGGAUUUCCUCUAACAUUUCUAGCAUGGAACCUAUGGUAUUGGUGGUAUUAUCUGGUUUUUCAAAAGGUCGACUACUUCAGUCUUAUAGAGUGA